GAGCCCAGAAGGUGAAGCCUCAAGCAAUGAUGAUUGGAAAACUCUCCCCGGGUUCCUUUCUCCCCUGCCCGUUUUGUUCUGCCCGAAGCGUCCGUAUAUAUACCCCCAAGUCCCAGCACAAUGCGCUCGCCCGGUGCUGCGUUUGGUGUGGCGUAGAGCAAAGCGCUUUUCCAAAUCGCACCUCGCCAAUCAAGCAAGACGAUCCACCCACCUUUCCUCCCUGCUCGACUUGUUUCUAGGGUUUCGCCACAACCAACAGCAACAGUCCACCGGUUUUUAGUGCUGAAGCACCAGUCUCCCGGCAACUAGUUUCUCCUCCCCUUAGCACACUUCAGCCGUUCCGCAACAAGUAGCAACACAAGUUCCUUACUUUGUUCGAGCGCCCGCCUGAAGCAACGCAGAGUUGACAGACAUGGUGUAGCAGUCGGUGGCGCCAUGGCGUUAGAGGCGGAUCGACUCCGCCUUGAACUGCGCGCGUCGCGCGUCGAGUGCGCGGAGCUACGGAGCCAAUUGGAGAAGGCGGGCCCGGCGGGGAUAGAGCGCGCGAGGUAUGGGGUGGGGGGGGAGCGCGAGGCGGAGUUGGCGCAGCGAGUGGAAGAGCUGACGCGGGAGGUGGAGGCGGAGCGGCGAGAGGCGGAGCGCGCGAGGCGAUUCCACGAGGACGAGCUGACGAUGCUGCUGGCGUCCAACAAGGACAAGGAGGCCGUCUGGACCAGAAAGGAGAUGGAGUUGGAGCAGGAGCUGCGCGAGCUGAGAGAGCAGCUGGACGGAGCCAGGCGAGGCCACUCGCUAGAGGGGCAGCUGCACGCGCUCGAGGAUCGCCUGGCGGACGCCAGAGAGGCGCUGUCGCUGGCGGAGGCAUUUGCGGAGGAGCAGCGGGUGGUGCGGGAGGAGGCGGACGAGCGCGUGCGCGCGCAGGAGGCGGAGGUGGAGAUGCUGCAGGCGCGCGUGGAGGACAUGGCGGAGCAGGCGGAGGAGGACGAGGAGGAGAUGGCGGCGCUGGAGGAGGACCUGGCGCGCGCCAUCAAGCGCGUCGAGGAGCUGGGGCUGCGCUCUGCCGCCAUGACCAUUGAGAUGGAGCAGGUGCAGGAGGAGCUGCGGCGGGAGCGGGAGUUGCUGCGGGGGACGGAGGUGGUGGCGGAGGCGGAGUGGCUGAGGCGCGUGGCGCUGGAGCGGGAGAAGGCGGCGCUGCAGCGCGAGGUGGGGCGCGCGCAGGCGGACGCGGACGAGCUGUGGCUGGCGCUGGAGGCGUUCCGCGCGGAGGGCGUGGGCGUGGCGGAGCAGCUGAGGGCGCAGCUGGAGGAGGCGGUGCGCGUGGCGGGGGAGCGCGAGCGUGAGCAGCGGGAGGCGCUGGAGCGCGUGGACGAGGAGGUGGAGCGCCUGGCGGAGGAGGCGGACGCCGCGGCGGAGCGCGAGGAGCUGGCGGCGCAGCUGAUCGACCGCCUCAAGGACCACAACGCGCUGCUCGUGCGCCAGCUGCAAGCCAUGGCCAAGCGCGCAGCCGCGGGCGCAGGGGCCGUGAGCGGGUCGGACGUGGAGGAAGAUAACUUCGCGUUCGAGGCGAGCGGCAAGGACGUGCGGGGCGGGCAGGGGGCGGAGGGGAGCGCGGAGGGGGAGAGCGGCGGGUUGGAGAGCGUGAGCCAGUCGUACGAGGAGGGCGAGGUGUCGCCCCUGAGGGCGCAGGCGCACAGGCAGAGCGCGGGGCUCAGCAGCGUGGAGGCGGGCAGCGUGGGGGCGAGCAGCGUGGCAGGCAGCAGCAUUGGGAAGCGAGUGGGGUGGGAGGGCGCAGAGGAGAGAGGUGUGCGGGUGAGCGCAGAUGGACGUGGGAGGGGGGGAGGAGAGGGCCUGUAUGGGAUGGCAGGGGACGGCGAGAGCCAGAGUGGCUUGGCUGGCACGUCGCCCACUCUCACACCUCCCCAGCAGCUCUCCCCCCUACCCCAGUUCCAGCACCAGCACCAGUACGAGCAGCAGGCGGCGCGACUGGCAGGCGAGGACGAGGAGGAGGAGGAGGAGGGGCUGGCGACGGAUUCAGAGUUUUCGUUCUCGGUGCCGGUGCCGCGCAGCGGGGCGUGGCGGGCGGCCAAGGAGAUCGCUGUGCUGUACUACGCGGCGGGGGGCGCAGGCGACGAGGACCUGGAGCGCGAGGAGGAGGAGGCGGAGGCGGCGGCGCUGGCGGAGGAGAACGAGCGGCUGGCGGAGGAGAACGAGCGGCUGGCGGAGGAGGUGGCGCGGCUGAGGGAGCAGGUGGGCAAGGGGCGCAAGCUGGUGGGCAACUACGAGAAGAUGCGGCGCCGCAUCAUGCAGCUGCGCGUGUGCCUGGAGCUCACGCGCAAGGUGGUGGAGGUCAAGGACCGUGCCAUGGAGAUGGCCAUGGACCGCGCCCGGCGCGCCGAGACCCGCCUCCGCGACAUGGAGGCGCAGCUGCUGGAGCACCGACACGCCGCCGCUGCCUCCGCUGCUGCUGCGGCUGCUGCGGCUGCUACGGUUGGUGAUGGUGCGGCGGGUGCAAGCGUUGGGGGAAAAGAGGGGCAGAAAGAUGGUGUGGACGGCAAGGAGAAGGGUGGUGCGGAAGUAAUCGGAGUUGCUGCUGCAUCUGCUGGUGCUGGCGCCUCCAGCUCUGGAGACAGAGGUGUGGGUGGUGGGGGUGGCGCGGCGGAUGCUGUGAGGGGUGCCGAUGGGGAGGGGCAGGGCGAGGAGGAGGUGCUUGAGGAAGAGGAUGAGAUUGCGGAGAUGGAGGCAGGCACGGGUGCGGGCAAGGGGCGGGGGCAGCGAGGGGGCACAAAGCGAAGGGGCAGAGCGGAGAGGGGGGAGGGCGGGGAGGGGGGCGGGGUGGGGCAGCAAUCGUGUGCGUCGUCCACCACGGACCGAUCAGACAGCCACCUGCUGCUGUCCGCCGCCACCCCCGUGGUGGGCGCGGGGACGGGGCGGGCGCAGGCGGCGGCGGGGCUGAAGGAGCUGCAGGCGAGCCGGGAUGCGCUGCGCAUCGCCAUGCGCGGCGUCAGGGAGAGGGCGGCCCUGGCAGCAGAGGCGCAGCAGCGGACAGCUGGCAGGCAGGGGCGGAGGGGGGUGGGGGUGGGGGUGGGGGGCAGGAAGGCGGAGGCGGGGGCGGUGGGGGAGAUGCUGGCGGAGGUGGAGGAGGAGGUGCUGGAGGGGCAGAGCCUGGUGGAGCGCGCGGAGCGCAUCGUGGCGCGCAUGGCGGCGCUGGAGGGCAAGGGGGGGGCCGUGGGCAAGAAGAUGGAGGGCAAGCGGAAACGACUGGCAGAGCUGGAGGCGCGCCUGGGACUGGCACCCAGACGAGGUGCAGGGGGCCCUCUGGCGUGCCUGCUGCCGUUCCACCGGGGCAGCUGAUGCACCCGCUGCUGCCCCUCUAACACUAACCACCUGUUCUCCCAGUGCAACUAACCGCCUCUAGCAUGCACACAGAUGUGUCUUUUCGUGAAGCAGUGGCACCAAUAAAUCGCAACAUUGAUGGCAUAUCUCAUGUCUGAUUUCAGCGAGUCCUGACUAACGGGGGGGAAAUAAUUGGGGCAAAGCUCCAUGUGCAUAUAUUUGGUCACUGAUUAUGAAUCCUUUACAAGCCUACAGAGUGGUGUUCAGUACCAGCAUAGGUGUUAUGAAUCAUAACUCAGAGUAUAGCGCAGAAUAAUAGGGUUGGAGUUGUACCCUCUACGAAUACAAACCUAUCUAGCCU